AUGGCGACCACCAUCAGUACUCAGCGAGGACAGGUAUAUAUUGGUGAGCUUUCCAAGGACUUCCUGCGGAUCACUCCCACCCAGCAGCAGCAGCAGGUCCAGCUGGAUGCCCAGGCAGCCAGGCAGCUGCAGUAUGGAGGCUCAAUGGGCACCAUAGGGCGACUCAGCAUUACUGUGGUCCAGGCCAAGCUGGCUAAAAACUACGGUAUGACCCGGAUGGAUCCAUAUUGUAGGAUCCGACUGGGCUAUGCAGUUUACGAGACACCGACUGCUCACAACGGAGCAAAGAACCCGCGCUGGAACAAGGUGAUCCAGUGCACGGUGCCUCCUGGGGUCGACUCCUUCUACCUGGAGAUUUUUGAUGAGAGAGCGUUCUCUAUGGAUGACAGGAUAGCAUGGACUCAUGUCACCAUCCCUGAAGGCCUGAGGGAGGGUAGUGUGGUUGACGAGUGGUUCAGCCUCAGUGGCAGGCAGGGUGACGACAAGGAGGGCAUGAUCAACCUGGUGAUGUCUUUUGCUUCUUUACCAGCAGGGAUGAUGACACAGCCUGUUGUUCUAAUGCCCUCUGUGUACCAGCAAGGAGUCGGAUAUGUGCCCAUUUCAGGGGUGCCUGCAGUCUACAACCAGGGCGUGGUGCCCAUGCCAAUGCCAGCAACCAUGCCAGCAGUUGGGAGCCAGGGACCAGUGUGCAGCGAGGAAGACCUGAAGGCUCUGCAGGACAUGUUCCCCAACCUGGAUAAGGAGGUGGUUCGCACCGUGCUGGAUGCACAGCAGGGCAACAAGGACGCAGCCAUCAACUCGCUGCUGCAGAUGGCUGAGGAGCUCUAACUGAAGAACGCAAUUGUACAGUGGACAUGCCAGCAUACACACACACACACACACACACAGAUAAAAACAGUCUUUACUCAUGGAGAGGUCGCCCACCCUUUUGCAUACACCCAGAGUGUGGUUGAUAGCUUGCCCACAUACUGCAGCCAUAUCUGAGCUCCCACCAGCUCAGCUCCCUUUAUUGACUCCUUGUUGGCCAAAGUGCAUGAAGCCUUCGCAAAGCAUCGCAACAACUGUGUUCACCUUUGGUUGUAAGAUGAUAUCAAUGGCAGAUAUGUUUGGGGAGUUCUUUAAGUCAUGACAGGAUCAUUAAAGUUUGUAUCACAGUAGAGACUCAAACUAAAUAUUCAAUUGGCAGUAGUGUUACCUGAUGGGUAUUGUAAAUCUUACUAGCACAAAUCAUAAGGCGUUUCUUGAUUGUUUCAACAUCACAACCUUUCACUGGCAUCAUGGGAAACCCAGCCCGUAUUCCCCCCAGUGAUCCCACUGUUCAGUCCAUCUUCUGCUUAUGUUACUGUUGUUAAUAGUGUAUGGAGAACCUGUCUGUAGUAACCUGCAGUGAACUGCUUCUGUUCCAAAUGAAGCUGUAAAAUGUUUAGUGCACUCAAAAUCUGAUCAAUUAUUAUGGAUGUAUGAUGAUAUAGAAUUAUAUGUUGAGAAUUAAAAGUGAAAAAAUGUUGGUGGUACUGAGGUUCAGAGGAA